GUUUUGCCCUUGAAGGUUGGUAGAAAGAUUUAUCAGGUUGCAAGUUGUAGGGUUGGUCGCGCUGUAACGCUCCGUUAAUAAUGUGAUAAAAUGGUGACAAUUAUUAAUACAGAGUAACGAUCGCCGGCGAACUUCUGAUGUCAGAACCUCAAGAACAUACCAAUCUCGAUUUUUUUAACCUGAACUUAGGCUCAUGGAAUAAUGGUUCUGGUAUGGAACUAGUCGAUAAUGAUAUUUGGCCUCCCGAUUCGGACUCUUACCUUGCUCAUACCAAACUGGGCAACAUGGCUCUUCCUGCCCCAAAACAACCCGAAAAACUAACUGUCGACUCUAAACCGGACCCUGCAAUUACUUGGUCUAAUAAUCCUUUGAGGCUCUCUAACAAAAUGUCCAUUUGGUCGAGUGAUAUGCAAGUAUCAGAAGUAAAGUCAUCAGGUAAUCACAACCAACAUUGGGGAAGUUCAACUAAACAGAGUGUUUCACUUGUCUAUGAUGAUGUCUGGGACUCAUCUCACGACCCUGUGUUUCAAGUGUCAAGGGUUACUAGUGAUACUGAUCCUUGGAAGCUUAGUCCAACACAUUGUAUUGGUUCCCUCACAAAUGCGCCCAUUACUAUUGCGGAUCCGGGUGUCUUGGCUGGUACAUCCAGGUCUUCCGACAUACCUCAUGAUAGUCCCGCUAAUAGCCUUCCUUAUGUUACUGCGAUGCUUUCUGGUCUGAAUCUUACUCCUAGGAAUCCCGACGAACCAACGUCCGAUGUCAAGUCGUCCAUUGUCUGUGCUAACAUGAAUGAUGUUGCGUUCUCAGCAGAACAACUCUGUGACAGACUAAUCAAUACAAACGAGGGUUGGGGGCGACGACCAAUUGAUCAAGCAACACCUUGGGAGCCAUUAGAUCCAAAGUUGGGUGAUCAAGUGAAUCGCAGUGGCAUAACUACACCUACCCCAGGAGCUUGUCCUUCUGGGUUUGUAAGUGGAAGUCUUAGGAUAUCUCAUACCCACUCAGCUGAUUCUAACGUUUGGGCAAGUGGACCGCCAACAGGAACAGGAAUAUGGGAAAUGCACUAUGAAAGUUUAAGUGGACGCUCGGCUGCAUGGCAGGAAGAAUCACAAUCCUCGACUUACCGUGAUGCUUCGUCUGUUACCCAUAUUAGUCCUAGUACUUUAAUAAACUGUAACAUGAACGCCAAUUCUCGAGGUGCAACACCAAUGCCACUUAACAACCGUCGAGACUGGGAAGAUAAUGAAAAUAGAUUAUCCAAAAACUGGAGUCUCGGCCACUCUGAAUCUUCAGACCACAGCAGCUUAUUAUGGAACUCGGUGUGUGUGACUGAUAGUGAAGAUAGUGUUAGUGGGGAUAUCAUCCAUAGACGUCCACUAGUAACAGUUGGUUCCAGUCAGGAAACUUUUCGGAAUAGUGGAAAUGUUCAACAAUCCAAUGGUCGUCCUGUACUUGGUAGUACUCGCCCUAUUGUCCCGACACACAAUCCACCAGACGAGUUCUCGUGGGAUCCUGAUCCGAAUUUUUGGAGGUCCGGUGUCAAUCCGAACGGAAUUGUUUCAUGGGACACGUCACCCAAUAGCGUGGUCAGCACCACUUGGGGGACUCUUGGUACUUCCAGCUUAAUAAGUUCUGCACAAACUCACUUCCCACCUGUUUCAGAUGAUCUUAGGCAUCAACAGAACUUCAUGAGUACUAACUCACUUCCUCAGGGAUCUGAACGAUUACUAAUUCACCCAUACAGUAAUACCUAUCGCGCAGAUCUGGUCAAAUACUUAAUGAGCCAAGGAUUUAAAAGAGAAGAUGCACAUGCUGCGUUAAUUGCCUCCAAUAUGGAACCAGAUAAAGCUAUAGUCGAAUUACGGGAGCGUUACAGCACCAAUAAGGCUAUUAAUGCCAUGACACAGCCUCCAGAGCUUAAUCGUAAUUAUGGAGCUGAUAGCAUUCUGCACGUUGUAACAAGAAACGGACCCAUGUACCAGCUGUCUAAUCAUACGUCUUUAUCACAGUUCGCACCUUCUGGAAAUAACUCUUCGGUGUCUGCACAAAAUCAUCGUCUGAAGCAGUCAGGGUUGUGCGUGUCUACGCAAAGUAAUACAACUCAACUUUUAUCUAUGCAACCAAUCCCUAACUCUCAAUUCAUGCGACAGCAGAUUACACAACAGGUUCGAUCGGCCUUAAACCUUUCCAUUCCAAGUCCGUUAGGUGUACAGACGAAUGGGAGUGCCACAAUGGGAACCUGUGGUGGUUCGCUUUUGGGAAAGCCUCCAUCUCUUUCCUUAUCAAACGUUAAUUCCAACAUUCAAACUGCAUCGUCUACUAAUCCACAUUCAAGCACUAGCCUACUAACUACUACUAGUUUAUGUCCUAUAAAAAAUAAUCGUACAUCGACUGGACCAGCGUCUUUAAACCAAAACUCAGCGAAAAGGUCGCCUCGUCAAAUUUCGAUCAUAAACUCCAUGAUUGAAUUGCAGAAAAAACAUCAGAGUAUUCAACACCAAUUAAAUAUGUAUCAUAAUAACCCUGCCCUUCGUUCACAACCUCAGUACGCGGACGUAUUUGUUGAACUCCAAGGUCAAAUGCAACAAAUUGAAACUCAGUUACACGGAAAGCGAGCACAGCUUAACAUAACUCGUGCUCAAGAUUCUGUAACACAAUCUGUAAAGAACCCUUUAAUACCAACAAAUGGUACCGAUAUUUCUGAUAACUCGUUUCCUGCUAUUGGAACAUGGAUAUCUCCUUCACCACAAUGUGGCGAAAACUUUGAUAAAAACGUCAUGGAUGGAUCAGCUUCUAAGUUGAACAACUUCACGCGCACUCCUUCUUGCAAAAUAUCUGGUAGUUGGUCUCCUACCUGGUCUUCAUCUGUUAUAAAUCCAUCCUGUCCAAAUAUUCGAUCCAUUCAUAAUCAAUGGCAACUAAUACAUAAUCAGCAACGAUGUGCUUUAGAGAGUAACUUAAAGUUUCCGGUGUCAAAAAAUAAUCCUUCGAGUACCCUAUCUAUUGAAGCUCAAGGUCAGUGGCUACUAGUGCAACCACUCUUAGGAUGGAACGGUACAAACAUUCACAGCCUGCAAAACAUUUUAUCAAAUCAUUUUAAACUUACUAGUUUUCAUGUUUUGAAUCCAAGCAGCUGUAGUGUACUUAUAAGGCUUCAAAAUAUAGAGGACUCACUGCAGUUAGUGAAGUUUUUUGGCGACCGUUUAUCUGUAGAACCGUUGUCUGAUCACGAUGCUCGCGUUCAUUUGCAACAGCUAGUAUGUUUCGUGUCAGUUUUUCGUUUUAAAUUAUUUUGUAAAGUUCUGCUCUUUACCCUGAUUUUCUUGAUGACCUUCAAGAUGUUUUAAAUAAACAACUUUUAGCAUUCUGCUUAGCAGAUAACUUAGUACGUCUGAGUUAACUUAAGAUUAUAUCUGUAGAACCUCACUACAACAUUAAUUAUAAUAACUACGAUUUUUGUUCCAAACAGCUGUAAAAACAACAAUAGGUAGUCAACUUGAAUUUUCGCCUCAUUUAAUCCUGUUUUUGUUGUUUACACAGGCUCUAUACAAGCGCAUAUUUGUUCUCAAUAAGUACCAUGUGUAACCUUCAUCUGAUAACCCGUGAUAGAUUGUUGAAAUACUUCCCACAGCUUUUCAUUUGUUUUCUAUUCGUAUUUUUCGUCUGGAGUAUCCAUUUUUGUACGAUUUUAUGUUUUUCACUAGAAUAAUCUUCCCUAAAAAUAUCUUCAGUUUUCAGAUAAUGUCUUAUUCAAAGGUAAAAGUAAUUUUCGGUAUCCAUUUUUCUCAGGUAUCAUACUCUAUGUGGAAAGCCUAGUGUAAUCUCAAAAUAAUCUUCUGUAUGUAUUUCAUUUAUAUAGCAUUUGUGACCAUGUGGACUACAUGAUGUUUCCCAACUUUUUUAAUUUUUAUUUUAGUCUUUGAACGCUUGUGGAGAUGGCCUAAUAUCCAAUCACUUUAAUACGUCAUCUGAUAUACAUGCCACACCACCUAGUUUGAAUAGCAAUGGACAGUUUUACUCCCCCCUGAAUUCAAAUAACAAAAAGCCUAAUCCUCAUAUAGCUCGUUUUGGAAUAACUGUAUGUGGAAGCAAGUAAAGAUUUAUAUUUGUGAGAAAGAUGGUCGUCUCAUGGAAUCUCUUUUAUUCUCUGAAUAUCUUAGAGAAGUCUUCCAAUCUCAACGCUUUCGCGUUCAGAUUCACGUCUCUGAAGCGCAGCCAAUCUGUCAGUAUAAAAGUUAAUGACUAACUUAAGUUAUGCUCAAGUUUUGCCAGUAUGUAUUACUCUUUGAAUACCCCUAUUUAGUUCAUCGUUUGCUGUGCCUAAGAACAUUCUGUGAUCCAAUAUUAUUACAAUCAUACGUUUUGAAUUUACAAAAUUAUAUGCGGAUCAAAACUAGUCAGAAUUGCCUUGUAAAUUAUAAACAUCCUCUUUAUCCAUAUUUUCCCCAUCUGAUAUAUAUAUAUAUACCUCAUUGCCUUUCAAUCAUCAUUAAUUCUGUGUUUGUGAAUGUAUCCUGACUGUUUGUCUGUUGAAUGUUGCAGUUUCGUUUUUAAACCGUUCAGUUUUAGUAGUCUUUCAUUUGUGUGCUUUUUGGACAGCCUCUAUGAUCUGUAAAUCGUUUCAUUAUUUAUCUUUUUGUAAAGUGACUUCUAGUAUCGCUAAUGAUUCAGUCUGUUUCUGGUUUAUAAGUCAAGUGUUUCCCUCGUCCAUUUUGAAUAGUAUCUAGUUUGUCCUAAAUAUUAUAUGGUUGAUAUACCUAUAAUUAAUUUGUACUCUUUUGAUUUCCCUCUAUAUGUAGUACAUUUUGUGUGUUUUCAGUGAGCUAAUCAAAGCUAAACUGAGGAUGUAUUUUUUCAUCUUAGUACAACAUAGACCAUGUCCAUUGAUAGCCCCUAACUGUGAUGUAUUUAAUUAUGCUCAUUGUUCUAAUUUCCUCAUCAUUUCUCUCGUCUUUAAAAUGCAAAAAAUAUUUGGUCUUCAACUCUAAAUACACUGUCUUAACUGUAGACCGGUGCAAUAUGUUUCUUGUCCCUCAAAUUGUGCUCUGAACAUUACUUACCUACCUCUUAAUAGCAGUAAAUUCGUUUGACAAGCUUAUAGUCCAUGCACCGUGUGUAUGAUCAGUAAUACUUUUUUUCUUUUGACGACAAUAAGUGUGCAUCCUAUAUUAUCAAAUUAUCGCUUAAUAAUUAUAAUAAAAGAACUAUAACCUACUCUGUCAUCAGAAAUGUUUAAUUUUUGCAGAUCCAGCCGAAAUUACACAAAUCCAUUAUCAUGAAUAACUUAUAUUAGUGUCUUUGAUAUAUAUAUAUAUAUAUUCCAGUCAAAUGGUCAUCCGUUAUGUAGUUUGCUUGUAAUUGUUGCAUCCAGUUUUUUUCUCUGCACAAUGGUCAAUCUAAAAAUCAAACUAUGCUUUUCUGCUUCUCUUCAGUAUGUAUGAAUAUAUACUUAUUCCGUUUUAUUUAAUUAUUUUGAACUCUGAAUAAUUCUGGCUGUUUAUCACAAACCAUUCUGAGUUAGUCUUUCUAAUUCUCGUGUCUUGUUGUUAAUGAUUGCAUUUUCCUUUAAUAAUUCUAGAUAUAACUAUACUUUUCUGGUUACCUUUCUGUAUAUUCUGUCUGAAUUGUUUUUACGCAGUCGAUUUUGUUAUCACAACGACUAAGUUCUUUAAUUUAUCAUGUCAUGUGCUCUGUUUUUCUUUGCUAAAUAACUCAUUCCGGUGCAAAGCUAUAUUAUGUUGCCAAACUUAUUUAAAUCGCAUAGUCUCUGUAUUUUCCCUUGUUUUUUAAUUUCUGCCACAUCUUGAAAAUAUCUUCAUUUUUUUAACUUAGUGGAUUGCGAAAUUAUUCUGCCUACUUAUUACCUUUUACUCUAACCUGUGAUCAGAUCCAUGUGUUGUAGCUACUGCGCACCUAUCUCACGUAUUUUGAUGUAUUAUUUUUCAUUCCAUUUAUGGGCCAUUGUUUUUCUUUUAUCGUUAUGUUCGUGUCUUAAAUGUUAACUGAUCUACAUUUCCAGGGAUCCAUUUUGUGAUGCUUUUCGUGCCUGUGCUAACUGACUAGUUAGCAUUAUUCAUAUCACAUGUGCUUCCACUCAAUUCUGUUUACAGCUGCAAAACAAUGUAGGAAGUGGACUCACAUAAAAUAAUUGAAAGCACCAUAUUUUAUUCAAAACUUCUUUGGUUGUGUUCAACAUAGUCCCAUAUUUCUCCACAUAUCCUGGGUGCUCACAGAUCCGUGUAAACUUUCAUACUUCAGAAAUCAUUGUGCUCUGUUUUGCAACCUCUUGAUUCAAUGUAUUGAAUCCAAUAGGUCGUCCAGUUUCAUUUUCAAAUCCUAAUUUUGUUGGGACUCAGCAUUCUUUUUUUCUGUGUCCAGUAUUGAAUUUGCAGUCUUGUUAAGCAUAAUCAUGAAUUUGAAAAAAUUACCGGAUUUUAUUUUAUGAUAGAUUUGCCGUUCCUUCACUUUAUGUUCAUUGAUUAUUUCUGUCAUUCUCAUACCCUAUCACCUACUCUUCUCAUCACCCUUGCUGUGCUGAUACUAAUUAUUAUCUAGUAAAGCAUUAUGGUCUCU